AAUAAAAUAAAGAGACACAACACAGCGAGAGAGAAAGAUCAGAGAGAAAACAAACACAGAAAAGAAGCAGAAGAAGCAGAUUACAGCUUUUUCUCAAACGCGCGUUUCGCUUAACCUUGCGUUUAAGUGCUUUUGGAUCCUCAUUUCUCAUCUCAUUAUCUCAAACCUCCGCCCUGUAAGAAUCAGCAAAUCGUAGCAGCUUUUUCUUAAUCGCGCGUUUUAAGUUUUUUUUCUUUCAAAACGCGCGUUUAAGUUAAGCUUAUUUUCAAAACCGUAUGAGAAGAAGGUGAUGACGAUGGAUAGAGAAAAAGAGAGAGAAAUCGAACUAGAAAGUGCAAUGUACACGAAUUGUUUGUUGUUAGGUUUGGAUCCAUCGGUUAUUGGAGUUGGAGCAUCGAAUUCAACUCCUCGUGUUGGUGCAUUUCGUCAUUCAAACCCUAAAUUAGGAGAACAGUUGCUAUAUUUCAUUCUCUCUUCUCUCAGAGGACCAAUUCAAUCUUCAAAAGAUUUUGAUAAGGUUUGGCCGAUUUUUGAUUCCGCACAAUCGCGUGAUUUUCGUAAGGUUGUGCAAGCGAUUAUUAGUGAGCUUGAGUCGCAAGGAGCACUUCCUAGAAGCAAUUCAAGGGUUUCUUCGCUUGCUACUUGUUGUGGACCUAGGUUUGUUGAGCUUUUGUGGCAACUUUCGUUGCAUGCUCUGCGAGAGGUUCAUCGACGGACAUUUACUUCGGACAUAGCAUCUAAUCCAUUGCCUACGCCAUUGACUGAUGUAGCAUUCUCACAUGCAGCUACUCUACUUCCAGUUACGAAGGCAAGAAUAGCCCUUGAAAGAAGGAAGUUUUUAGAAAAUGCAGAAAUGGCUGUACAACGGCAGGCCAUGUGGUCUAAUUUGGCUCAUGAAAUGACUGCUGAAUUUCGCGGGUUAUGUGCUGAAGAGGCUUAUUUGCAACAAGAGCUGGAAAAGCUGCAUGACUUAAGGAAUAAAGUCAAAUUGGAAGGAGAACUUUGGGAUGAUCUCGUAUCUAGUUCAAGUCAGAAUUCCCAUUUGGUUUCUAAGGCUACUCGCCUAUGGGAUUCUUUAUUAGCUCGUAAAAGUCAACACGAAGUUCUUGCAUCAGGGCCUAUUGAAGACUUGAUAGCUCAUCGGGAACAUAGGUACCGAAUCUCUGGAUCAUCUCUGCUUGCAGCAAUGGACCAGAGUUCCCAGGCUCCUUAUUCAGAUGUAUUAUCUGGUGACUCCGGGGAUUUGUCUUCAGUGCAAACGGACAACCAAGGGGAGAUUGAUGGAUCUCAUUUUAGCAGUGAGACAUUGACAACAGUGGAUGACAGAAAUGGGAGAGUCCACCAAACCGUUGACAUAGCAGAAGUUAUACGGCGAUGGACACACGCCUUGCAACGUAUCCAUAAACAAUCACUUCAUCUGGCAAAAGCAAAUGAUGGAGAGGGUCCAGAUAUAUUGCGCAGUGCACAGGAAGGCAGUUCAAGUGGCCAUGCUGAGUCUUUAGCGGCAACCCUUGCAGAGCAUCAGCAACACUUGGCUAGCUUCCAGGUGCUUAUCAACCAACUCAAAGACGUUGCCCCAACAAUUCAGAAGUCCAUAUCAGAGUGUACAGAAAAAGUGAACUGCUUGGCCUCCAAUCUAACUCCACAUCUAUUGAACAGACAUCAUAGCCAGUCAACAUCACCUAUCCAAGCACAGAGCAGUGGGAGGAUGGAAAGUGGUACUGAUGAUGUUGGUGAGUUGGCUUCAAGAAUGUCUAAUGUUCAGCUUGACAAGGUUUCUGUUAGUCCCUCCACUUUAAAACUUCCUCAGUUAUUUAGCAUGACCCCUUCUGGAAAAGCUGGAAAUGUGCAAAGGCGGCAUGGUUAUGCUUCUCAGACCAGCCAAACAGAGAACCUUUCUGUUAGUAAAUCUUUGGACGCUCCUUCAAAUAAUGAAGUAGCAAGUUCAGAAGGUAGUGAUAGUUUGUUUGUCCAGAAUUUGAAGAGGUCAGUAAGAGAAGCUGCGCUGUCAUUGCAGUCAUACAAUUUAGAAUCAUCUCGGAAUAGUAGCCAUUCUGACGGAAGUUCUGAGCACUUCUUUGUCCCCCUAUCAGAGACUAGCUUUUCUCAUUCAGAUACAGAAAAAAACGUAACUUCAUUGAGGAGCAAAAGGUUAUUUGUAUCUCCAAUGGACGAUCCUUUACUUGAGAGUCAUGCAUCAGAUGAACAUGGGAGCAAGUUUGAUGAAUUUUCAGAUAUGUUGAGUGAUAUGGAAAGGCUUUCGUAUUCUGACAAUGUAAAUGGGUUUCUCUCGUAUACCGGUUCAAAUGAAACAUCCGAUGCACGACGGUCAAUGUUUGACUUCGAGGAUGCACAAGAAGUUUUCUCACCACCUAUGCUAAUGGACUCGUCACUUUUGACUGAUCAGUUUGAAGACUUGCUGGCCCCUCUCUCAGAAACCGACACGGCAUUGAUAGACCAUUGAGAAUUUAAUGGCAACCUCCGAAAGACUUAAUCGAGGAAAUGGCGUGAUUAAUGCAGUGGAUUGCUAUUCUUUUACUGGGAUUUUCACUCCCUUCACGCUGUAUGACACGACACUCUUGUAUCUUGGCAUGUAUAUUAGAAACGAACACUCACUUUGUUUUCUUGUACUGUGCAGUGAUGAUAUAUACAUUGUUCCUUUUCUGAAUAUGGUUUGGUGAUUUCCAUUGCUUUGUGCACAUUGACUGAUUAGUGGAAUAUAAUUCUUUGAUUUAUGAUUCCAUUA